AUGUAUAAGAGGAAUGAGCUCAUGGCCAGUGUGAUGGUCACCUCUGCCACACCAGAGGGUAGUAGCAGCUCAGAUUCUCUGGAAGGGCGAAGUUCAGAUUAUGCCACUAAAAGCUACGAUGCAGUUGUAUUUGAUGUGUUGAAAGUAACUCCUGAGGAGUUUGCUAGCCAGAUUACAUUGAUGGAUAUGCCAGUAUUUAAAGCUAUACAGCCUGAGGAACUAGCAAGCUGUGGAUGGAAUAAGAAAGAAAAACACAUCCUCGCUCCAAAUAUUGUUGCCUUUACUAGGAGGUUUAACCAGGUCAGUUUUUGGGUUGUACGAGAAAUAUUAACAGCACAGACCUUAAAAAUAAGGGCAGAAAUAUUGAGCCAUUUUGUGAAAAUAGCUAAAAAGCUUCUAGAACUGAAUAACCUUCAUUCUCUCAUGUCUGUGGUGUCAGCGCUGCAAAGUGCACCCAUCUUCAGACUGACCAAAACCUGGGCUCUUUUGAAUCGCAAAGACAAGACCACCUUUGAGAAGUUAGACUAUUUACUGUCUAAGGAAGAUAAUUAUAAAAGGACACGAGAGUACAUAAGGAGCUUAAAAAUGGUCCCUACUAUUCCAUAUUUAGGAAUUUAUCUCUUGGAUUUAAUCUACAUUGAUUCUGCAUAUCCCGCUUCAGGCAGCAUUAUGGAGAAUGAACAAAGAUCUAACCAAAUGAACAAUAUUCUUCGAAUAAUAGCUGAUCUGCAAGUCUCCUGUAACUAUGAUCAUCUUACGACACUGCCCCAUGUGCAAAAGUAUUUGAAGUCUGUCCGUUACAUUGAAGAACUUCAAAAAUUUGUAGAAGAUGACAAUUAUAAAUUAUCAUUAAGAAUUGAACCAGGUAGCAGCUCUCCUCGACUGGUUUCCUCCAAAGAAGAUCUUGCAGGUCCCUCUGAUGUGUCAGCAAUUAUGAAAUUCAGCAGUUUUUUUUGUCCUGAUGCCUCAGUAGCAGCAAGUCUACCUACACCUCCUGUACCACGGCACAGGAAGAGUCACAGCCUGGGAAACAACAUGAUGUGUCAGUUCAGUGUGGUGGAGAGCAAAAGUGCCACGUUCCCGACGGAGAAGCCACGCCAUCUCCUGGAUGACAGUGUCCUGGAGUCGCACAGCCCGGCCCGCGGCCACCCCCUGGACACGCUCCUCACCAACGGCCUGUCUAUAGAUAGCAGUGAAAGCUCAGAAUUUAGUGAGGAGCUGCCAUCAGGGCUUGAAAGGGGUCGUUUAUAUGCCACGCUGGGGCCUAACUGGAGGGCACCGAUCCGGAAUUCUCCUCGGAGUCGAAGCUGUGUCUACAGCCCAACAGGGGCUUGCAGCUGCACAGUAGGUAGUUCCACAGGAGUCAUUACUAUGGAAGGGCCAUUAAGAAGAAAAACAUUGCUCAAAGAAGGCAAGAAACCUACUCUCUCUUCAUGGACUAGAUACUGGGUUAUGCUUUCAGGAUCAACUCUUCUGUACUUUGGAGCAAAAUCUUUAAGAGGCACUGAAAGAAAACAUUAUAAAUCUACCCCUGGUAAAAAAGUCUCCGUUGUGGGCUGGAUGGUGGCACUGCCUGACGACCCUGAGCAUCCUGAUAUUUUCCAUCUAAAUAACCCUGACAAAGGCAAUGUUUACAAGUUCCAGACUGGUUCAAGGUUUCAUGCAAUAUUAUGGCAUAAGCAUUUGGAUGAUGCAUGCAAAAGCAACAAGCCUCAGGUACCUGCUAAUCUGAUGUCAUUCGAAUGA